UUGAUUCACCCUCUCCAGAGCCCGGACAACUGAACCCAAUUAGGGUUUGUGAUUUCAUCCUCAAGAACCUUCCAUUUUUCAAGGUGGCCUUCCAAACAAGCCUUUUUAUUCCCUUUAGACGGAAAACUUGGCAGUGACACCAAGGAGCCACUCCACGGGGAUCGGACUCCAUUUAUUUCAGUUUCGAACAAUCGCCUAUCCUCGGAUUCGCUAUUUCAGCUUGGAGUGUUUCCGGAGAGAGAGCUGAGAGGGAGGAGAUUGGGGGUUUAUGGUGAUCAGCUAUGGAUGUUGACGAGCAUGGUAACAAACGGGUGUUUCAACGACUUGGAGCUUCGAAUGAUAGUGGCAAACAACAUAAGGUUUGUUACCAUUGGAGGGCAGGCAGGUGCAACAAGUUCCCUUGUCCGUACCUACACAGAGAAUUACCAGGUCCUCCUCCCCAACAACACCAACCAUUCAUAAGCAAUGGAUCAUCGUCCAAACGGCCAAAUCAAGGAGUACAUGACGAUCGCAGCUUUUCUGGUGCACGAAGAAGUCCUAAUUUUAAUCCUACGUGGGGGCGAGUUCAUGGCGCUGGUGCGGGCAAUAGAGCUCAAGGUAGUGGCGGGGGCAAUAGAGUAUUUAGGAAGAUUGAGAAGCUUUGUAAUUAUUGGCUUCAAGGAAAUUGUAGUUAUGGGGAAAAGUGCAAGUUUUUGCAUUCUUGGAGUGUUGGUGAUUGUUUCUCGAGUUUGACACAGCUUGAAGGGCAUCAGAAGGUUGUCAGUGGGAUUGCUUUGCCAUCUGGGUCUGAUAAGCUAUAUACUGGGAGCAAAGAUGAAACUGUGAGGAUUUGGGACUGUCAAUCUGGUCAGUGCACUGGUGUGGUUAAUCUUGGUGGAGAAGUUGGCUGUAUGAUUAGUGAGGGCCCAUGGUUGUUUGUGGGUAUACCAAAUGUUGUUAAGGCAUGGCACACUCAAAAUAACACUGAAUUGAGUCUCAGUGGACCCACUGGACAAGUUUAUGCAUUGGUUGUUGGUAAUGAUCUGCUCUUUGCUGGUGUACAGGAUGGAGCAAUACUGGCAUGGAAAUUUAAUGCAGUUUCCAACUGCUUUGAACCAGCUGCCUCACUCAAAGGUCACACUCAAUCAGUGAUCACGCUAGUUGUUGGAGCUAACAGGCUCUACUCUGGUUCCAUGGACCGUUCUAUAAGAGUCUGGAACCUUGAAAAUUUGCAGUGUCUGCAGACAUUGACUGAACAUACUUCAGUUGUAAUGUCUCUUCUUUGCUGGGACCAGUUUCUUUUAUCUUGUUCGCUUGAUGGAACUGUAAAGGUUUGGGUUGCAACAGAAAGUGGAAAUUUGGAAGUAACAUACACCCACAAUGAAGAACAGGGUGUUCUCUACCUCUGCGGAAUGCAUGAUUCAGAAGCCAAGCCAGUCCUUCUGUGCUCUUGCAAUGACAACACUGUCCGCGUUUACGACUUGCCAUCAUUUUCUGAAAGGGGGAAGAUAUUUUCAAGGGAGGGGAUCAGAGCAAUUCAGAUAGGACCAGGUGGUCUUUUCUUUACUGGCGAUGGAAGUGGUCAAGUGAGAGUAUGGAAUUGGUCGACUGAGGCCGCGGCUCCUGCUUGAUAUCCCGUAUUGCCUUUUCAAUUAUUUUAUUUAUCUUUCUUCCUUUACAAUGUGUAAGCUUUUUAGGAUGAGCGAUUGCCUCAAAUCAUAAGCACACACCAGGGAAAAAAAAGAGAGAGAGAGUGUACGCUUCGUGCGUUUUUACAUUGAUGUUUUCAAAGAGCGUGAUAUGUGGUGAGGAAUUGUGACACUCUACAGGCCUAUCUUUAAAUUUACUGGACACUCUUUUUGGCAUCAAGGA